UACCUAAAACCACAAAUAUAUUAAGCAAACAUGUCUGGAGUUUGGGUAUUCAAGAACAGCGGAGUGAUGCAAUUGGUCGAGAACCCGUCCGAUGGACACUGCGAUAACGGGAGACGCUCCGCCAGCUGUAAAAAGAAGUCGUUGGUGUACUUGCCAACCGGGCAGGUGGUGUCUUCGUACACUUGCCUCGAGCAAAUACUGAGAGGAUUGGGUUGGGAGAGGUAUUAUGGCGGUGACAAUGAUCUCUUCCAAUUCCAUAAACACUCUUCAAUUGACCUAAUUUCUCUGCCCAAAGACUUCGCCAAAUUCAACUCUGUUUACAUGUACGACAUCGUUAUCAAGAACCCAAACGUGUUCCAUGUCCGCAGCAUAUGAAAUAUCAGUUGUCGUCUCAAGUUUUUGUUUCAUUUCCGUUUCGCUUUCAUAUCGUAAUAUAAAUCGAUCGAUCAGAUCAUUUUCUUUUGUAAAGUGCAGUUAAUGUUUAAUGUAAUUGGCUUCUUGGUUGCACUACUGUGGUUUUAUAUAUAUGUAGUUAAUGAAUUGUAGUUUUGAAAACUUUUAAUAUAUUAUGAACGUGUUGCUGUGC